AUGAAGAGAAAACAUACUCCAAAUGAAAUGCAAAACAUUACUAGCUUCUUUACUAAAAAAAAUCCUACUCCAACUUCUCUUCCACAUCCAACACAAAAUGAACAAACUAUAACUCCACCUCAACAAAGUGAGCAACUUUCAUCUCCAUCUCAUUAUUCAACUCAAAAUUCCCCUCAAAAUGAACAAGGCCAAUGUUCUCCUAAUGCCCCAAUCUUUGGAGAAAGAUUAAGUGAACAUGAAUUUGCUAAUCUUCCACAAGAUCCAGGAAAGAGGAGAAAAAUGAGUCAAUUUCAUAAAGAUGAUAGAGAUUUAGUGAGAAGAAUUUACAUUCAAAGAAAGCCUUGUCAGCCCAAAGACUUUACAUUUCCUCAAACUUCUAUUUUUGGCAAAAAUCGUCGCUUUUGUGCUAAGUGGUUUGAUACUUGGACUUGGCUUGAGUAUAGUGUGGAAAAGGAUGCUGCCUAUUGUUUCCCUUGUUAUCUAUUCAAGGAUGAAAAUGCCUUUGGAGGUGAUGCUUUUGUUAGUGAUGGUUUCAAAUCAUGGAAUCGAUCGGAUUUAAUAAGAAAACAUGUCGGUAAACACUUGAGUGCACAUAAUAAUGCUGUUUUAGCUAUGGAUUUGUUCAAGAAACAAAAUUCAAGCAUCACACAAGCCUUAACAAAACAAACCGCUGAGAGUACAAAUGCAUAUAGGACGCGACUUGAAGCUUCAAUUGAAUCUAUCCAAUGGCUUUUACUCCAAGGGUUGCCUUUCCGUGGUCAUGAUGAAAAAGAAAGUUCCUUAAGAAGAGGUAACUUUCUUUCACUUUUAUCCCUUAUUUCCAAAGGUAAUCCUGAAUAUUCUAAAGUUGUUUUCAAAAUAGCAUGGGAGAUCAAAUGUUGA